AAGGGAAUUUCCGGCUGAAAUGGCAAAACACAAAAUCUCUGUAUUUCGUAAUUGAAACAUUGAAUAAGUCGCAAAAACACAAUGCCUUCCGGUAGGCAAUUAGAGUCUGUAACAGUUUUAAUCCCAAGAACUUUAGAUCAGAGAAUAUUUCUCACAAAAUUUGAGUCAGGAGGAUUAUGGUUACCAACUAGUCAAAGAAAUGAGGAAGAAACUUUACAUACAGUGGCACAGAAUCUCUUACGAAAGAUAACAGGACAGGCAGUUGCGAUUAAGGAAGUAGUAAAGACAAACUUCGUUCUUUAUGUAUACGCUCCUACAGCUGUCAACCUCAUAUAUUUGGCUACUCCAAUCAAAGACAUAUCGACGUGUGAUCAAGAAGGGGAAUGGCUGUCAUUAGAAGAAAUGGAGGACAGAAUCAAGAUAGCACCAAGUGGAAUUCUUGGUCUGGAACCAUUACAUCUUGUGAAGAACCUACAUGAUGGUGCUCAUGGUAACAAUAUUGUUGAGACUUGUGUGGAAUACAUUGAAACAGAGAAAGUAGACUCGUCACAACUAACUGCUGCUGAAUCACUGAUCAAAUCAGCUAAGUUUGGCAAGAAAGAGCAAGCUUUGUAUUUCCAAGAGUAUAUGGAUUUCUGUUUACCAAGUCUGUACAUGAGUUAUGAGGUAUUUGAGAAAUACAUGCAGUUUAAAGGUUUAAAAGUUGAUGACAACAUGGCAGAUUUUUUCAGAGCAUUUGACCUUCACAAGAGAAAGUUUUUAACCUUCAAGGAAGUAUUAUUAGGUUUAGCAGCAUUAGAACCUAGUACACAGCAUGGUGGUAUGCCUGCUGAGAUGAGAUGUAGAUAUAUAUUUAGAUUCUAUGAUAAAAACUCUGAUGGACACUUACAAUAUGAUGAAUUCAGACAUAUGGUUAAAGACAUCAGAAGUUUUAAGAAUUUGAGUUUAGAUGAUGAGUCUGUGGAUGAAGAUGCUGUAAAAAGUGCUAAAUUAUUUGGAGCUGAGAGUAAGAAUAAGUUACCAUUAGGAGAAUUUUUACAGGCUGUGGGACAGUUGAAGUUCAGAGGAACAUCGGUGCUAUUUAGACUUCAACAUUCAUCUACAUCCUCAUUGAAAUCAUUAGAAAAACCAGUUGAAAAUUCCUCACCUAUGAAAGACGACAGUAUGGAACCACCAUCAUCAAAGAGAUGUCGUCCAAAGAUGUUAGACUCUGUCAGGAACUCUCCUCCCAGAAAAUUAAAUAUGACAGAGUUGUCUAUGGAUGAAUUGCACAGAUAUUUUACAACGACUGAUACAGAUGGUGAAUUAUUUAAGCUACCUGAUGUUAGACCAUUAUCAGCCAAACAUCCCCAAUUACCUAGAUAUGAAUUAGCUACACAUACCAUCAAAGUGAGAAGAACAGGUGUACUGGCUGAUGUAGUUAAGUUAUGGGAUUUACAAGGUACAACAGCAGUAUCUGGUAGUGCCUUCAGUCAUCUGGAGGGUGACAUCAACAGAUUUCAGAGGAUGGGAUCAAUAGACUCAUUUAACCAGAGGUCACAUCCAAAUGAAAUGUUGACUGGACUGAGAUAUUUUGAAAGAGCUUUAAAGGGAGAUAAUGGAAGUCCUGCCAAGCAAGCUUUUGACUGGGGUCAAGUGGAAAAGAAUGCUUUGGCUAAAUGCCUUCUAACGUUAUGUCGACAGACCAAAGAAAUCUUAUCUGAUGAACCAAGGCUUGUCAAACUUACUGCUCCUGUUUAUAUUUUAGGUGAUAUUCAUGGUAACUACAGAGAUUUAGUGUGUUUUGAGAAAGCCCUGUGGAGAAUGGGGCCUAUGUUGACACCAGCAUCUUUCUUAUUCCUUGGUGAUUAUGUAGAUAGAGGAGAAUAUGGGGUUGAGGUGAUUUCCUAUUUAUUUGCUGAAAAACUGUUAGCACCAGAAAAGUUUGUACUUCUAAGAGGUAACCAUGAACUCAGAAGUGUUCAGGAAAUGUUUUCUUUUAAAACUGAGUGCAUUUCUAAAUUUGGAGAUAGUAUUGGUCUUCAGAUCUGGGACGCUGUCAAUGAAUGCUUUGAUUGCAUGCCAAUAGCAGCUACUGUAGAUGACAGGAUUUUUUGUGUACAUGGAGGUAUACCAGGGCCUGAAUCAGAAAGUUGUUUGAUAGAAAACAUCAACAAAGUUCCAUGUCCACUCAGAGAUCCAGAAAUAGAAAGUCCACUAGCUUGGGAAAUAAUGUGGAGUGAUCCAAUCAGUGUAGAGCAAGUGACACCAGAGUUAAAGGAGGAGUUAGAGAAACAGAAAGGUUAUGUGUAUAACUCACGGCGAGGCACGGCACAUUUCUUUAGUAUUGAAGCAUUAACGUCAUUUCUAGAUAUAAAUGGACUAUCACAUGUCAUCAGGGCACAUGAAGUACAGGAGGCAGGUUUUCAGGUACAGCAACAGGGUAAAUUAUUAACUGUAUUUUCCUCCUCUGGAUAUUGUGGUGGAUCUAAUGAAGCAGCUUGUGUUUUAGCUGACAAUUUCAAACUUAGAAUGAUUCGACUCGAUACAACUUGAAAAGGGAAAUAACUCUAGUCAAAAUACAGUAUUGUGAAAAGGUGGAAUUCACCAGUUUCAGAUGAAAAUGGCAGCUAAAGUUAUGUACUUGUUUUGUUAGUGACUUUGUUAUGAAAUGUCUUAUUGUUGAAGGGUGACAACAAGAAGAAGUGUUGAACAUUAAAAUAUAUAUUUAAAUAGCCAGUACAGUUAGAUUGAAUGGGUUUCUAAGCUAAUAGUCUUGAACAGUUGAAAAUAGGGCCAUAAAAAAGACUACGAAAAGAAUAGAAAACGAAUGCUUUUUAUGGAAACAUUAUUUUAAAGUGAUAUUUUAAAUGUUUUCUUUGUCAUUUUAACUGCUUCUACAUUGACCAUGUUGACACUUAGAUCAAAACAUUGAAUAUUAAGAUGUCUCAUAUUAAUGUGGAUUCAUUUAUUUUUCUGGGUACCAAUUUUAGUGGAUUGAGGAAAACUAGCAUUUUCAUGGAUAUUUGAUUUCAAGAUGUUGCCUAGUCUCCAUACAUUUGCCAUACAAGCCUAUAGAAAAUUGGUUGCUCACCUGUCCCCACAAAAUCCACAAUAAUUGGUAUCCCACGAAUAGUAAUGAAUCCACAGUAUUCAUUUAAUACAUAAUAUCAUGAAGCAGCAUACUCAUUAAUAUUUUCUAUGAAUCAAUUUUUGUCUUAUACAUUUUAAUGAAUUCAUUGAAGUACUAUCCAUCUUUGUGUUAUAGUCUGUGUCAUGUAUUGAUUGUAGACAUUGGUUUAAAUUUUAGUCUCUAUAAAUGACAUUUUUGUAGCUUUCAUGCUAUUUUAAGAAAUAUUUUCAAAAACUUUAAAUCAGCAUUUUGCAGCAUGGCAGCUAAUGCCAUGAUUAAUUGGAAGAUAUAACCUCAAAAAUGUGUAUGGAAGGAUAGCAAGUAUAUUGGAUAUAUAUUUUGUUUAUGUUUUCAAGUGGAUGGUACAUAGAAAAUAACUUCUCAUUAUUUUUCACAGUGAAGUAGCUUUCAUUUAAUAUAACUUAUAAUUACAUGUAGUUAGAUAUUUCAUAAUAUUUAUGUUUUUAUAAAAACUUUGUGCUAAAUUUGAAGAAAAUUUGAUAAUACACUGUUGUGAUACAUCAGUUGCCAGACAUAUAUUCAGUACUUACAAAUAAUAAAUCAAGUUAUAGUUGUUUCCACUUGUAGUUUCUAUGGCAAAGUAACAUGCAUAUUUGUUUGUAUUUAACUAGGUUUAUCUGUUGGUUAUUAAUUUUUGGUUGUACAGAAGGCAUUUAGGAUGAUUGGAAAAUGCUCCUUAUGUCCUUAACAUGUGACAAUUCUAAAAUAGUCAAAACAAUUCUUUACAAAGGACAAGGUUCACUUUUGGCAAAAUAUGACCUUAAAUUUCAACUUUGUCAUGUAAAAUAAUAAGACUACUGAUUGGUUCUAAAUUGGACCAAUUUCAAAAACCUUAAUAAUAGGUAAAACAAAUUUCUUCACUAGAGUAAAUUAUAGGCCCCAAUGUCAACAUAUGUUGGGGAAGUUCUGACACUUAUGCUUAAGGAAAACCUUGGCUGCAACCUAUGAUACAAAAUAUUCUAGGUUUGCUGUCAUUUUUACUCCUCAUUUUUUAUUAGUAAUUACCCAUUAUUUGUGUCAAAAUGUGAAGAUCAAACAAUUUGAUAUAUGAACGCUUUACAGUGGCUCAUAUGGUAUGAAAGUUCAUGUAGAAAAUGCAGCGAGAGGUCAAGUGAGACUUGUGAUAGGGAAUAUUUACAACAUUUUACUUGCGUCAUUAUUCUUGUAUACACGUACACACAUACACACCCACAUAGAUAUAUUAAUUGUUUCACCACAUCCUUGUGUCAGGUGUUUGUCAAUUAAAUCAGAUUUACUUCUAUAUGUUGUAACUGUGAAUUUAUUCACAUUAAACUUUGAUGUUCUCAGCUCAAAUCACAACAUUAUGUAUAUUUUAUAUUGUAAGUCUCCAAGACAUAUUGCUGUAAAAUUUUUAUUUCAGAAAACAGAUGUAAAUGUUUUUAAGAUUUUAAUUUUAUUUAUAUUUUUAUCUAUAAGGUAAGAUGAAAAGAAUGUAUGUUAAUUAUUUAUAGAAAUAUUAUUAUUUUCAGUUGUUAAAAAUUUUUCAUGUUGUGAAUAAUUGAUUCAGAAAGGUAAAUGCAUGAAUCAAAAACAACUGUUUAUUCAGAAGUUAUUGUGAUGCUUUUAUUAAUUUCGAAAUAUGCUGAAGUAUCAGGUACCUAAUAAUAAAAAACUCCCAUUCAUAAUUUCUGCAUUGAUCUCCUUAAUAAAUUUUAGUAAUCGCAUAAUUAGAAUUUGCAUUUUUUGCCAGAGUCGAGGAUUCACAAUAAUAAAUGCAGGCAUUAAUUUCUUAAUUUAUGGUAUGACGAUUUGCACAUUUUGUAAUUAUAAGCCACUGGAAUUGAUUUAUGUUAAGUGGUCGAAUGAAGGAAUCAUAAAAAAUCAUCAACUUAGCUUUUAAUUCUGUUAUGAUCUUUAUACACUAUAUUAAUAUAGUUUUGAUAGUAGCUAUAUAUAGUCAUGUAUUAAUCUGUAAGUCAGUUUAACUGAUCAAUGCCAAAAAACAGUUCAUAAAGAAAUGUAACUUAUUGUGGUGAUGUUAAUUUAUUUUUGUUUCAAUGAUGUCACACAUUCCAUUUAAAAUUUCAUUAUUGUUUUAACCACUUACUAUGUAAAGAUGAUUUAGUUUAAUUAAUAAAUUUGUUGAUGAAUUAAGGAAUUAUUAUGGAACUAAGGUUCCAACUUCCUAAGGUAAAGUUUACCUUAGAUGAAUUGGUGAUUCGUUUUACUCCCUUCUAUUUUGAUGAUAUAGCUCCCCACCUAUCAAGGUAUUUACAAAAAUGUAUAUACAUCCUUAGCUUUCAAAGAGGGGCGUUACGGGGGGGGGG